AUGGUUGUCAAGUUGAAUACCAAGAACAAGUUAGCCAAACUCUUCGACCACGACGUUAGCGGCUACGUUAAAACCGCUCUUGACGUCGUUCAGCAGAUCAAAAAGAGCAGCGACCAAAUCGACGUCAAGAAUGCCGACCCAAUCAUUCAUGAAGGUCUUGCUCCGUCUUUCGGCAACAUUAACAAUGCUGGAAAGUCGGUCAAGCAACUUGACGAUAAGAUGAAGCUCAUGAUUGCAAUCUCGAUGAAAAAGCUUCUCGAACUCAAGAAUAAGAACGCCCUUUCCUGGAACGAUAUCCAAGGAUGCUUCAACCAAAAUACGAGUCUGAUUGCUGAGAGCAGCCCUAAGGAAAUAGUGAAGGAGUUCACCGCGGAGAGUUCGUCUGAUUUCAAGUUCGAUGGGUCUCCCGAUCCCAACCUCGUCCAAAAAGUCAUGGUGUGGUGGGAAGGCCAGGCCUGCCCUGAUCCGGAUAUCAGGAAUGACUCGAAACUCGAUAUUGAUUCGCUCGCCAAGGUUGUUGCAUGGUCUGGUGCGGCGAUUACUGAUUUUUGGAACGUCUGGUCGAAGCACGAACGCCACGAGCGUACCCUGCUUGAAGUCGGAGUUAUGAGGUACCCAACCAUUGCCCAUCCCUACUUCAAGAUCUACAGGAUCCAACUCUUGGCUUGGUCCGACUGCAGUCGUACCGUGUGGCACCAGGAAGAUAAGAACGGCAUCAAGUCGACCGUCACCUCUCAGAUAUUCAAGCCUAACAAUGAAGUUCUCGACAAAGUCAAGAAGGAGACAAUGAAGGCAGCCGUGACGGAGAUUGACGAUUUGUUUUCCUAG